AUGGGAGCCCUUCAACGCCGCAUUCCCCGGGUGCACGUCGCAUCGCUGCAGCUGCAAGGAUCGCCGCUGUCGUCGGGUGCGUCGCUCUGCUCGCCGCGCUCUGCCUCCUCGAGCCGCGCCGAGCUGGCCUUGCGACACGCGCUGAUGGUGCCGCCGAAAGCAGCAGCAGCAGCAGCAGCAGCAGCAGCAGCGCGGCUGUUAGUUUCUUCGCAUUCGGCGACUGGGGUCGCAACGGGACCUUCAACCAAUCGCUCAUCGCACAGCAGAUGGGUGCAGUGGGGCAGCAAAUGGCGCCGCAGUUCGUGGUGUCGGUGGGGGACAACUUCUACGUACGAGGGGCUGACGGACGUGAACGACGACGAGUUCGCGCGCUCCUUCACCAACAUCUACACGCACCGCACCCCUGCAGGUCCCCCCUGGUAUGCAGGUAGCCUCUUCCUUUCCCACCCUCGCUCUCUUUAUCGCUCCCUUCCCCUCCCGCUUCUCACGCUUUGUCGCACUUGCACGCUCAGACGCACACACAAGGGCCACACUUGCUCACCGCCCUGCCACAUCACACCGCUCCUUUCUCCCAACCCCUCCCCGCUUUCCCUGCCCCAAUCCCGCACCAGUGCUGGGCAACCACGACUACUACGGCAACGUUUCUCGCUCAGCUGCACCCAGCCCUCGCCAACAGGGACCCGCGUGGGUGUGCCGCCGCAGCAUGGCGCUCUCGCUUCCGCCUCUGCCCCUCGCCAGUGUUUGACUGCGUUGACAUGGUUGACCUGUUCCUAUACGGACACCACGCCCCUCGUGCCCGCGUACCGCCACAAGAAGGGGCGGCGCGUGGUACUGGCGCGGACUCAACUCCGCCAAUUGGACGCUGCAGGAGCCGCGCAGCUGCAGGUGAUUUGGGGAAGCCACCUGCUGCUAUGCUGCCCCCUUCCACAUCGCUCACACCACCAUAGCUUGCAACUGCCUCCCUUUCCCAAAGCUCUUGAUACUAACGCAAUCCCCCCCUACCCGUCCCUUUUAGACAGUUCUUCCUGCCACAUUCUGGUGCCCACAGCUCGCGGCCUCUGUCUCACCAUUCCUGUGCCUCUUCCCUCCCCCAACUCCCUUUCUUCCCCUUCGUCUUCCUCCUCCCCGAACGUGCUGCAGGAGCUGGAGGGGUGGCUGGGCAACUCGCGGGCGCGGUGGAAGGUGGUGGUGGGGCACCACCCGGUGUUCAGCUACGGGCACCACGGCGACCAGCAGGAGAUGAUCGACCGCGUCAAGCCGCUGCUCGAGGUGAGAUGCAUAGAUGACCCACGUCUGUGUGCCUGUGCAUACAUUGACCCGCCCUCGCAUGUCUAUGUGCUGUUCUUUUACUCUACCUGUUUCCCAUCUGCUCCCCCCACCACUACACACCAGCGUCCAGUGCACUAUUUCACGGUGGGAGGCGGUUCCAAGGCGUGGCGCAGCGACGCCCCCUCAGAAGCCCCCGGGCUGCGCUUCUACUUCCCAGGCCCGGGCUUCAGUGCCCUGCAAGUGGACAGAGACCGCCUCUCUAGUCCCCUUCUAUGGCGUGGACGGCCAGCAAAUGUACUCCACCACUCUGGAAAAAAUGAGGGCUCUCAUCAGGUGUCCCAGGGCUGUGCGUCUACUUCCCAGGCCAGGGCUUCAGCGCACUCGAAGUGGACGGGGACAGACUUCUCCGUCGCCUUCUAUGGUGUGGGACGGCCAGCGAAUGUACUCCACUACUUUGAGGAAAUGAGCGCACCGCCAGGGGUUUAG